UUAUAGUAGGGGGUAUCCGAUAAUUACUUUUAUUCGUUCUUAUAUUCUACAUCCAUUAAUUAUUUUUAUCUUACCAUUUAAUAUAGCUUGGUCCAGAAGCUUACCCCGGGGUGGGGGAAGAGUAUUAACAUUUUAUUUUUUCAAUGGGAUUUUCUUAUUUUUUAAUUUAAUUUUUAGGAAGAAAUGCGUGAUUGGGUCAUGCCUUUAAAUUUUGAUCAUGCUGAUGCUGAGGCAAAACAUUUAGUUCAUAUUGCUGACGAUAAUAAAGAUGGAAAAUUAUCUCCAGAAGAAAUACUUGCCCAUUAUGAUACUUUUGUUGGCUCUCAAGCAACUGAUUAUGGUGAACAACUACAAAAACACGACCCUGCUGACCUUUAA